ACACGAAUUGUUUAAUACUGUUCCUUAUGGACUUUCGUCUCUAAUGGUGUUCAAUUGUGUCGAUUGUUCUAUUUAGUAAAUCAUUUGGAUAAAUUGCGUUUGUUAUUUGCUUAUAAAUGAAUGUACACUCAUAGAGGGUGUUGUCAAAACGCUGAAACAUAUUCCUUAGUGUGGAAAUACAAGUAUAGCGCUAUCACUGGCGAUGUGGUAUGCUGUUAUCACUCGUUUCCUUCGUCGUAGAUUAGUGUUGACGAUUAUCUUUUGUCUUUCCCUGACAUAUUGUAUGGUUCGCUUAAUAGGAAGUAACGUAUCACUAAAUUUGGACGGAGAUUUGUUUCAACCCGUUUUGCAGAGAGAAAAUCCAAUCAUAUGGAAUCAGCUGUCUAUCGAAGACAGAAACAGAUCGAAUGACCUAUCAGUAACAUGCCGAAACUCUGUACAGGGUAAAGCUCUUAUUGUCGACGAUAGAGGUUACGUCUGUAUGAGAUCGGAACUAUUGUGGACUGGGUGCUGUAAUGUAGAAGUAGAAAGUAGUAAAUUAUUCCAUUGUGAGACCUGCCAAAAUAGCGACUGCUGUGCAAUUUAUGAAUAUUGUGUUUCCUGUUGCAUGCAUCCUAACAAGAAAUCACUCCUGGAACGUAUACUUUCAAAAGCUAGCGGCCGACAGAUUGCAGUUUACUCUACUGUCAACGAUCAGUACGAACUCUGCCUUACCAAAUGUCGGACAAAUUCGCAUUCUGUUCAAAAUGAAAAUAAAUAUCGUGAUCCAAAACUAAAGUAUUGUUAUGGUGAAACCGAAGAACAGUUUGUGGUACAGAAUAGUAAAAGCAGAGAUGGUGCUGUAGCUGAUAACAACAAUUUUGUAAAUAGUGGAUGAAUUUUAUCAAUAAUUCCUUCGUUUAUUAUAACAAAAAAAGUGUUUUUGUGAUAAAAGUUUAUUGAUACGAUACAAAACCAUUCCUGUUCCUUUAGUUUUAUCAGAACACAACCGAAAAUG